AUGAAUGUGUCGAUUGCAAGUUGUUCCAAUAAGCAUGAGUAUUCGGUCAGCUUUUCACAGGCGGAAACAUGUUCAUCAGCUCCAAAACUCAAUGAAGAACAGGAAGAAAUAGUGCAAAAGCAAGUGCCAGCGAGUAACUUCAAACGGAUAAAGCUGCAAGAAGAGUUGCGAAAAAACUGGGAUAAAUUUUAUUUGCGAAAUAAGAGUAAUUUCUUCAAAGACAGAUGGUGGACACAGCACGAACUUGAUGGAUUGUUGAAGCAGCACGUCAAUUUAGAGGAUAACCUGAAUUUUCUGGAAGCUGGAUGUGGUGUUGGCAAUCUACUUUUCCCUCUGAUGCAUCUUUAUCCGCACUGGAAUUUCUACGCUUUUGACUUCUCCGAUAACGCCAUUCGGCUACUACGUGAACGUAGUAAAACGAGCAAUCUGUUAAUCAGGACUGCAGUUGCAGAUUUGACAUGCGACGGCUUUUCUCUAGACUUUCCAGCAGCUGAUAUAAUAUCAUUAAUUUUUGUUCUCAGUACAAUCCCACCUUAUAAGCAGCAACAAGCAGUGAAGAACUUAUUCAAUUUAGCGAAAAUUGGAGGUAUAGUGUUUCUUCGUGAUUACGGCAUCAACGACCACGCUAUGCUUCGAUUUGGGCGAGAAUGCAAAUUGGAUGAGCGGUUUUAUGCAAAACAGGAUGGAACAAUGACUUACUAUUUCAAAUUAGAAGAACUGGACAAGCUGUUCACCCAACAAGGUUUUCACAAAGUAAUAAGUAUAUAUCUAUUACGAAAAACCAUCAACCAUCAAAAAGAUGUUUCAGUUAACCGAGUAUUCGUGCAAGCUGUUUAUACUAAGCCCUUUUGA